AUGCGAGACACAGGCCAGUUCUCAUCCGGGUCCACAAACAUCAAGUCCUUCACAAAUAGCACGCCCAUGAUGUCACUCUCGUCUCCAUGGCAGUACACUGCACUCCAGCCAACAUCUCUAGUUCAUCCUGGUGGAAAGAGGAACACGACACGGCCAUCGCAGCAGCACGUGCACAGACACAAAACGUUAACAAACCUGCUGGACUCGUUGACUGGCUCCGGAUUGGUUGCCGUGAUAGCUUCGUCCGGAGGUAUUGUCGUCCUCGGCGAGAUUGUCCCGCAGAGCUUCUGCUCGCGCUAUGGCCUGGCCGUCGGGGCCAAGACCAUAUGGCUGACGCGCUUCUUCAUGAUCGUCACUUUCCCGCUAGCCAUGCCCAUCUCUUGGAUUUUGGAUCGGUUCUUGGGAAGGGAGAUUGGUCGUGUGUUAAACCGCGAGGAGCUCAUUACGUAUUUGCAAGUGACGCGUGAUCACCAUGAUAUGGCUGAGGAUGAAGUAGAGAUGUUAGAAGGAGUGCUAGCGUUUAAGAAGAAGACCAUAGCGGAAGUCAUGACUCCCAAGGCUAAGAUGUUCCUGCUCGCCGAUAACACCGUCUUAAACGGCAAGACGCUCCGCUUGAUCCAGAAAAAGGGUCACUCGCGCAUACCAGUGUACCGCCAUACAGACAAGAGCGAAGUCAUAGGCAUGCUAUUUGUGAAGGACUUGAUUUUUGUGGACCCGAAAGACAACUGUCCUGUGUCUAGCAUUAUGAAGCCAUACAAACUUGAGGAUUUAUCCAUUCCGGAAGACACCAAGCUGGAUGUCAUGUACGAGGCGUUUAGGAGCGGCGUGUCACAUAUGGCACUGGUCCAUCGUCUUAACAACGAUUGUGAACGAAACUCGUACCCUGCCAUUGUCGGGAUUGUGACACUAGAGGACAUUAUGAAAGUAAUCAUCAAAACGGAAAUUGUUGAGGAGACUUCUAAUGUGCGUCACCGUGAUAACAUAACCAAGGAACCGGUACAGAGGAAACCCGGGGAGAAUGCGGAUGUGGAGGUACCUAUGCUGGACGAGGCUGAAGGUGUCAACGUGUCCAAGAACCCGCUGAUGGCCGCGCACACACUCCUAGGCAAUAGUACGUGGCCACGUUGCGGGCCUAAUUCUGCAUUGGCCACUGUGCACAUUGGGGGGGGGGGGGGGUCGAGCCCGUCUCGGGGAGGUUCCGGCCAUACCGUGGAGUCCCGAUUCCCGGCACCCCUCAGGGACGGACAGCCAUCUCCAGAGUGUUGCUUUUCUUUUUGCUGCUGAUGAUGCUGCUGCUGCUGCUGCUGAUGAUGAUGAUCUAUAUGAAUUUUGAUGUGUUGCGUUUUUGCUUGCCCGUACAAGAGGCUGUUCAAAUGAUGAUGAUGCUGCUGCUGCUGAUGAUGCUAUUGUUGUUGUUGUUGUUGUUGUUGUUGUUGUUGUUGUUGUUGUUGUUGUUGUUGUUGUUGUUGUUGUUGUUGUUGUUGUUGUUGUUGUUGUUGUUGUUGUUGUUGUUGUUGUUGUUGUUGUUGUUGACUUCUUUAUUCCCACGAUGGCACCAUCGCUAAUAAGAGAUAAAUUUAUGAGAAGGUGA